AUGUUCGACAUAUCACCAUAUUGUGAUUCUAGGAAUAGUAAUGCGAGCAGUAUUACUUUUUCUAAUUUAAAAUUAGAAGAUAAAUUAAGAUUAUGGAGACAUGACGCUUAUCUAAAAAACUUGUUAGAGACUGCUGCUUUUUGGGGAAAUAAAGUUUUAACAAUGACAGGUGAUUCAAAUGAUGCAUACUGGCUAGCACAGAUAUAUUAUAAUAUGGGCCAAUAUUUAAGAGCAAAAAAAUUAUUACAAAAACUGAUGGAUUCAAGUGUUUUAUGCAGAUUCUUGGCUGCAAAAUGUUGCGUAAAGAUAGAAAAUUAUCAAGAAGUGUUAGAUAUUCUUGGAGAGGAAAAUCCAUUCGAUUCAAGAGAUGGCAAUUUAAAUGUGAAAAAUGCAGAAGAAGGAAUACAACUUGAAGCAUCCAUGUGUUAUCUUCGCGGGAUAGCAUAUUCACAACAAUCAAAUUUUGCUAAAGCAAAGAAUUGCUUUAAAGAAGCAUUGGAAAUUGAUGUUAAAUGUUAUGAGGAACAAUUAGAUGUCGAAGAGGCACAUUUUAUAAAAUUAAAUUAUAUUUCAAUGUUGAAAAAAUAUGAUAAUCUGCAACUAAUACAAGAAUCACGUAAUGAAUUAGAGAAGAAUUUUAAAUUGUCAAACAAUACUGAUUUAUUAUUAACUUAUGCAGAUGAAUUAUACACCCAAUGUAAAUUUGAAGAGUGCUACAAAAUCACCUCAAAAAUACUUGAAAAAGAUCAGCAUAAUCCAGCAUGCCUUCCAAUUCAUAUUGUAUGUCUUCAUGAACUACGCAAUAAAAACAAAUUAUUUAUGUUGGCACAUGAACUUGUUGAACAUUGUUCAGAUAUGCCUGUAACUUGGUUUGGAGUUGGUUGUUAUAAUUAUUUAAUUGGUCAAAAUGAUGAAGCCAGAAGAUAUUUUAUCAAGGCAUCAACUAUGGACUCGCGAUAUGAACCUGCAUGGAUUGGAUUUGGACAUUCUUUUGCUAUCGAGGGAGAGCAUGAUCAAGCCAUCACAGCUUACAAUACUGCAGCAAAAUUAUUUAAAGGAUCACAUUUUCCAAACCUUUUUAUUGGAAUGCAACAUCUUUUGGCAAAUAAUCUUAAAACAGCUGAAGAAUAUUUAAUGCAAAGCUAUAGUAUAUGUUCAAAUGAUCCAUUGUUAUUAAAUGAGUUGGGUGUUUUAUAUUAUCAGAAAUCCAGUUAUCCCUCAGCUAUUUAUUGUUUCAAAGCAGCACUUAUAUCAGCAGAAUUUACGAAAUGUCGUCAAAGAGUCUGGGAGACUACUUGGAUGAACAUGGGUCAUGUUUAUAGAAAAUUAGGUGAACUAGAUGUUGCUGAAUCGUAUUUUAGAAAAGUAACAUACCUAUCACCACCAAAUCCUAGCGCACUAACAGCUAUCGGGUAUAUUUAUCAUGUAAAGGAACAAUAUGAUGACGCAAUAAAUUAUUAUCACGAGGCAUUAGGCUUGAGACCAUGUGAUCCUAUAAUUCAAGACCUCUUAUCGUCGUGCCUUGAAGAGAUGGUCAAUAGUAUGAAUAUUAGCAAAAAAUGA